AUGGCUGGGCCCCUGGGAGCUUCCUCACCUACUCCUGCCCCCUGGGCAGAUACCCAUCCCUGGCCUGGAGACUAUGCCAGAGCAACGGACAGUGGCAGACCCCAAGAUCUAGCUCGCUGCCCACCCUGCGGUCCCCUCAGCUGGUUAAAGCAGUCUGCAAGCGUGAGUCCUUUGGGCUUGGGGAAGUCUGUUCGCUGUCCAGCCCCUGCUGCUUUUGAGAACGGCAUAUACACCCCUCGGCUGGGGUCCCAUCCUGUGGGGGGCAACCUGAGCUUCGAAUGUGAGCACGGCUUCACCUUGCGAGGUUCACCUGUCCGGUACUGUCGCCCCAACGGCAUGUGGGACGGAGAGACGGCUGUGUGUGACGAUGGGGCGAGCCACUGCCCCAACCCAGGCGUUUCCGUGGGCACAGUUCGGACAGGCUCGAGCUUUGACCUUGGGGACAAGGUCAGUUACCGGUGCUCCUCCUCAAAUCUGGUGCUGACUGGCUCUGUGGAGCGGGAGUGUCAGAGCGACGGGGUGUGGAGUGGGACUGAACCCAUCUGCAGACAGCCAUACUCCUAUGACUUCCCUGAGGAUGUAGUGUCUGCCCUUGGCAUCUCCUUCACCAACCUGCUUGGAGCCACCAACCCCACCCAGAAGAGGAAAGAAAAUCUGGGCCGGAGAAUCCAAAUCCAGCGCUCGGGUCACCUGAACCUCUACCUGCUGCUUGAUGCUUCUAAGAGCGUGUCAGAACAAGACUUUGAAGUCUUCAAGGAGAGCGCCAUCUUCAUGGUGGACAGGAUCUUCAGCUUUGAGAUAAAGGUCAGCGUUGCUGUCAUCACCUUCGCUUCUCGGCCCAAAAUCAUCAUGUCGGUCCUGAGCGAGAAAUCCCAGAACGGGAUGGAGGUGGUCGGCAGUCUGGAUAGCAUCAACUAUAAAGACCAUGAAAACGCUACGGGCACCAACAUUUACGAGGCUCUCAACAGCGUCUACCUCAUGAUGAAUAACCAGAUGAAUCGAGUCGGCAUGAAGACCUCUGCCUGGCAGGAGAUCCGCCACGCCAUCAUCCUUCUGACUGACGGAAAGUCCAACAUGGGUGGCUCUCCCAAGCCAGCAGUCGACAACAUCAGAGAGAUCUUGGGCAUCCGUCAGAAGAGAAAUGACUACCUGGACAUCUAUGCUAUUGGGGUGGGCAAGCUGGACGUGGACUGGAAAGAACUGAACGAACUGGGGUCCAAGAAGGACGGUGAGAGGCAUGCCUUCAUCCUGCAGGACGCGAAGGCCGUGCAACAGGUCUUUGAGCAUAUGCUGGAUGUCUCUAAGCUCACAGACACUAUCUGUGGGGUGGGGAACAUGUCCGCCAAUGCCUCGGACCAGGAGAGAACACCUUGGCACGUCACCUUUAAGCCCAAGAACAAGGAGACUUGCCGGGGAUCCCUCAUCUCUGACCAGUGGGUGCUGACAGCAGCUCACUGUUUCCAUGACACCCAGAUGGAGGACCGCCACCUGUGGAGGGUGAGCGUGGGGGAUCCCGCCUCCCAGCACGGCAAAGAGUUCCUUGUGGAGGAGGCGUUCAUUGCGCCCGGGUUUAACGUCCAUGCCAAGAAGAGCCAGGGCAUCUCGGAGUUCUACGCUGACGAUAUUGCUCUGCUGAAGCUGGCCCAGAAAGUGAAAAUGUCCACCCACGCCAGGCCCAUCUGCCUUCCUUGCACUGUGGAGGCCAACAUGGCUCUGAGGAGAAGCCCAGGUGGUACCUGUAAAGAACACGAGACAGAACUUCUGACACAGCAGAAAAUUCCGGCACACUUUGUGGCGUUGAAUGGGAAGAAACUGAACGUUAACCUCAGGACAGGACCCGAGAGGAUGAGCUGUAUCGAGGCUGUUUCCCGAAACAAAAACCUCUUCCCCAGCUUGACGAACGUUAGUGAGGUGGUGACUGACCAGUUUCUGUGCAGUGGGAUGGAGGGGGAUGACAACCCUUGCAAAGGAGAGUCCGGGGGAGCAGUUUUCCUUGAGCGGAGAUACAGGUUUUUCCAGGUGGGCCUGGUGAGCUGGGGUCUUUACGACCCUUGUCAUGGUCUCUCCAACAAAAACUCCCGCAGGAAGCCUCCCUACGGCGUUCAGCCUAGAGACUUCCACGUCAACCUCUUCCGCCUGCAGCCCUGGCUGAGGCAGCACCUGGGUGGUGUCCUGAGCUUCCUGCCCCUUUAGCAUGUUCGCCGACGCCUUUACUGUUCUGUCCCUCCUGUCUACUACCUCUGAAUGUCCUCACUCCUGGGCACAUAAAUCCUAGGCACUAGGAACCCAGAGACAGUGGCAAAAGCUAGGGAGUCCCCAGGGUUGUGCCAGGCCAGCUGUCCCGUCCUCACUGCCCUGCCUGGAUGCAAGUCCCCUCCUACCCUACCGUGCAUGCCUUGUACUCCUUUCACCUAAACAUGGAAUUUCCCAGGAAAUUAAUAAAAAUCAGUGAUUUCCACAUCUAUC